UCCAACCAAUCACCGAUCAUUCGCUUACUCAAUUUCCUUUUUCUUUCAGUCUCUCGAUUACACCCCACUUCGCAUUGGUCUCGACCCUGACAUGACCGUCACGGCUGUGGCCACCUCUACCACUAGCAAGAAGUCGAAACGUCGCGAACCGCUACUGGCCGUCGACAUGGCAGCGACCCAGGCACAGGCGCGUCCCGCCGCGCCUGGAAGAUCGGGGAAACGGAGGAGUACGCGAUUGAGCUUGAACCAGGUGGAGAAGAACGAGGAGACGAAUGGGAACAGGAUUGCGAAUGCGAGUGUGAUGGAGAAGAAACGGAAGAUUGUGUUUGACGAGGAUGUGGAGGGGUUUCAGUUCUCACGCAUCACCACGAAAAAGGCGAAGCCGUCCGCUAAGGCCCCCUCGCCUGUACUGGAGGAGCCCGCUCCGCAACCAUCGCCCAGACGAGGUCGACCGCCAAAAAAGAAGGUAGAGAAGGAGUUUGUUCAGCCUGAACCUGAGACUGUGGUGGUGGAGCAGAAAAAGAAGAAAUCGGCUGGCAGGCCAAGUAAGAAGAAUCCGAGAGGUGCUGCGAAGGCUGCGACUGAACCUGCACCUGCGCCUGCUGAGUCGGAACCACAACCUGAGCCCGAGCCCGAGCCGCAACAACAGCAGCAACAGGAACCACAACCACAGCCGGAACGGGCUACGCGCUCGACACGGAAACGAGAUCAGGCAGAACCGGUGCCGCUGGAGAAGAAGCGGAGGAAAGGUCGGCCGAGCAAUUCGAAGAUGGAGGCACAGGCACCGCAGCAGCGGCAGCCGGAGCCAGAGCCAGAGCCGUCACGGAAUGGUCAUGUUUCGCCAGAACGGCGGGGAACGACGAUUGCGUUGCCCCUGGCUGAUACGCCGGUCAUCCAGCGGAAUCGAGAGAUGCGAGGGAAGAAGUCGGUGAAGGGUAAUAAUCGACGAAGUAGUCUGGGGAUGAGAGGGCGGAGAGCCAGCUCGCUGAUUGAUUCGGGAGCGUCUAAUGCGUUGCCUCAUAAGAAGGUCGACACGGCGGACUUCUACAAGCAUAUCGCAGCCGACUUGCCGGAGCCACGAAGGAUGCGGCAGCUGCUGAUCUGGUGUGGCACACGGGCUAUAGGCGACAAGCCUUCUGGAUCGCGCUCGGAGGAUGAGAGCGCUCGUCUAGCGGCGCGCGUGAUUCAGGAAGAGCUGCUGAAGGAGUUCUCCUCCAACUCGGAACUUUCCGACUGGUUCAGCCGGGAAGAUGUGAACCCCCCUACUCUGGUAGUCAAGAAGGAGAACCCCAAGAACGUCCUCAACGCGGAGAAGAUCAAGGAGCUGGAAGAACACAUACAGAAGUUACAAAAAGAACGACAUGCUCUGAAUGCACUUCUACGCCCCGUCGAAAUCCCACCACUCAAGCCAUCACCUCCACAGACCGAGCCCGACUCGAAUCAACCCUCACAACCAUCAUCGAGGCCAGACCAGAUCGACCUAUCCUUGUUAGAACCCUCCCAGCGGAGACUAUAUGCCCAACUCGACCCAGCCGCCGCCAAACACCCCCCCGAUGCGGAAGCCAUGGACACCGAGCCAUCAGCCCCAGAAACAACCGCCGCCAUACUCCCCCAAAUGACCCCAUCCGCCAUAUCCACCCGACUCUCCCGCAUCACCAGCUCCCUCGCCCCAACCCUCGACUCCCUCGCCGCAGGCAUCCACGACAUCGAUCUCUACCGCGCCAUGUCCGAUACCGUCUCCUCCCGCGUCCUCCGCAUCUGCGCCGAGCGCCUAGAUGAGCGCGACGCCCGCAACGGCAUCCGCCAUCUGGCCCUCGAAACCACCGACCGCAAGGAUCUCAGUCUCCGGCCCCGCCCGCGCGAAGACCUAGGCCUGAUCCUGGGGGCUUUGAGUCGGGUCGAGCGGCGCUCAUAAUAGCGAUUCAACUCAGUGAUAGUGAGUGAUAGAUCGGUUGCUGUAUUAGCGAGGGUGAUCGGUGACGAUGAG